AGAUAGAGGUUAAUUUAUAGAAGAUGAGUAGGAAUGGAAGUGAUUCUUUUCUGAGAACAUUCUGAUCACAGCAAAGCAAGUGAAUUUUGUCCAAUAGAUUCAAUUAAUUCUCAUCAAUUAGAAAAGCUAUUUCCAAAUGUUAGUUUGUUGCCCUGUAUGAUGAAAACCAGUUUUACAUCUACUGAAAAAGUGAUUUCAGAAUGACUUUGCCUGACUGCCUGUAUGUAAAUCUUUGUUGCCCAAGUUCUUUUUUGAACUAGGUGUAGCAUUUUAAUGGUCCAUUCAUUAAUUGACUUGAGGAAAAUCUUUGACACAUACUUAUUUUAUAUUUACAUGAGUGACAUGUUGCUAACUUUUUGACAAUUAUACUUUAAAAAGUGUUUUCACUCUAGGAACUCAUAUAUUAGUGAACCAAAUAGAAGACUUGGAAAAACCUUAAAGACAGUAUACGUUAAAUGAUAAAUUAUCAGUGUGGAUUUGAGAGGCAGGGGUAGAGUUUCUGGAUGAGUGUGUUUUUUUUAUCUAUUCUACAUUGUCUUUUAUUCAUUUAGCAGGUAAUUCUCCUUUGCAUUCUGGAAUACAGAGGAAGGGAACACACACACACAUGAGGCACACUACCUGCCCUGGAGUUAACAGUUUAGUGUGGGAGAAAGACAUGAACAAGUCAUUACAAAGUAAUGCUAAUGGGUACGGAAGAGAAUGACACUUGAGACCUUACCAUAUCCUUGUUUUAUAUUUAUUAUAAUGCUUUAUAUUAACUAUUUUUAUACCUAAAAUUUUGUACAAACUUUACCCCAAUUUUAUAAUUGGAACAUGGACAGCCAGCUAACUGCUGUAAUAGUCAUGAACAAGAAGCUAUGAAAGCCCCAAAGAAACUGAGACAAAAGCAUUCUCCUCAUCUCUCUGAGUUCAUUUUGUUGACUCUAAACUCAGGCCAAAUCCUGCCCCACAAAGGCCCACAGAAUGGGAAGCUUGGCACAGGCCUGGCUACGAUGAGGACAAUGUGUCGCGGCAGGACUUUUGAGUUCUCGUGAGGUUUGGAAUUAAUCAGGACCAGCUCCUUGUUGGAAAGCCAUAAAUCUGAAAGAUCAGAGACAGGGAAGAGGAAUCAAUACAACCACUUCUCUAGGAGACCAGUGGUUGGUUGGUCUGAUCUUAAGCAGUGUUAGAAGAUCUGUUUUGACCCAAACCAGGUGUCUUGGCUGGGUUAAUUCCAGCCUGGGUCAAGCAAUUGAUCACAAGAUGUUUUUUCGGUUUGUGUGCUCUCUUGUGGUUGUGUGGCUGAUUUCUGGCUCAGAUGCGGAGAGCUGUCCAGAACUUCCCCCAGUGGACAACAGCGUAUUUGUUGCAAAAGAGAUGAAAGGACAAAUUUGGGGGGCUUACUUUUGUCUUAAGGGUUACCACCUAGUAGGAGAGAGAAACCUUUUUUGCAAUGCCUCUAAGGAAUGGAACGCCUCCAUUCCCAAGUGCCGCUUGGGCCACUGUCCUGACCCUGUGCUGGUAAAUGGUGAGGUUAGUGCCCUGGGGCCUGUGAAUGUGAGUGACAAAAUCACGUUAAAGUGCAAUGAGCAGUACAUCCUCAAGGGCAGCAAUUGGAGCCAGUGCGGAGAGGACCACACCUGGGUGCCACCUCUUCCAGUCUGCAGAAGCAAACACUGUGGCCCUCCUGGAUAUCCAGCUGAUGGCUAUUUUGAAGGAAGCGAUUUCAGCUCAGGAUCUACCAUUACUUAUAAAUGUGAAAAAGGAUACCGUUUGGUGGGCACACGAGACCAGCAAUGCAUUGAUGGAGAGUGGAACAGUGAACUUCCAGCCUGUGAAUUGAUCCAAGAACCUCCCAAACCAGCUCUUCAGAUUGAAUAUGAGAAGGCACUUCUUGCCUUUAAAGAGAGUAAAGAACUUUGCAAAGCCACAGAGAACUUUAUGCAAAGAUUAAAGGAAAGUGGCUUAACAAUGGAGGAAGUAAAAAUUUUUCUGGAAGUGAAGAAAGCUGAGUUGGAGGCAAAAAUGUUUUCCUGACAUUGUAUCUGAGCAGACUGGGUAAACAAAAUGUACCUAUGAAUAAAUUUCCCUCUUGGUUCUGAAAU